GAACGUUGUCGAUCGUAAAACACGCGAGCACGCGAAAAUCCGCCUCGAAUAUCGCGAAACAGAUCGCAAAUGAGUUUGCAAAUAUACAUACUCUAACACGUUGUCAGUAGUUUCAUGUUCAAUCUAAUUAGAUUUUUUUGUUUCUUUUGGUGUCGGCAAAAGCAUAUUGGGACGAAGAUGAAAGUUUAAUGAAUGUUCUUCAGGUUCUUCCCUUCCUUCAGAUGGAUACGUUUAUUCGCAGUUCCCUUUAGGAAUAUAUAAUCGGUAGAAUGAGUAGUUCUAAAGAUAUACAUACCUGGUUUGUCAAUCCUUUCGUUUGAUGUUUGUUGUUACUUUUAAGUGAAUCCUUUCGAGAAUAAUUAAUCGCGUUAACUCUAUCAUUCUCAAAUGAUUUAAUAGCUGUGAACACUUUUACCUGCUUCUAUUCUGUUAUUCUAUUUCUUUUCUUUUUUUUUUUUUUUUUUAUCUAUCACCGUUGUCAUUUCAAUUUUAAUCGUUCAAAUACGAACAAAAGAACGAAUCCAUCUCCACGAAUUAAACGAACAAAGAAGCACAGCCGUUUAAAAAAGAAAUUGAUAUAAAUUUGCAUACGUGUUUUAACGACAUGAAUUUCGAUCAUCAGGCGCGAAGAAAGUAAAACAUUUACAGGCUCGAUACGAAGCUUCUUUCUAGAGCAUGGUCACUCGGCUGUACUAUUUCCCCCGAGGACCUUCGUUCUGCCGAUAUAAAUCGAUCGGUCACUUAAGCAUUCAUGCAGUGCCUCCACAUAACGGUCGUAUCUUGUGCAUUAUAGAUCGCACGUGCAAACGAAAUGCAGAAUUUCGAUAUUUGCUCGUGAGAUCUACACGCGAGAUACGCGAGCAUUAUAUCCAGAUAUUUAUUUACAAUAGAAUGUAGAAGUUAUAUCGUAAUCUUCGUUCAAACGUUUCUCCAUCCAUUUGACUGCUAAUGAACAAUGGAAUGUUUCGCGCAGAAGACAGAGGGUCCUGUAAUAUGGGUACAAUGAAUACAGAAAUCAAUGAAAAUGAGAUUAACAAAAGAUUGAACAAGGCGAAUUCCAUCGAGGAGUUCUACGCUGGUACCGGCGUCCUUGUCACCGGAGCGACAGGUUUCGUGGGGAAAGGUCUCCUGGAAAAAUUGAUGCGCGUUUGUCCGCGUGUCACCGUCAUCUUCUUACUGAUCCGCCCGAAAAGUAACCAAACGAUAGAGCAACGAUUUAAGAAGCUCAUAAACGAUCCCAUCUACGAUGGCGUGAGAGCGAAAUAUCCCUCGGUUCUCGGCAGAGUACAGCCCGUAAGGGGUGACGUGAGCCUGCCGAAUCUAGGUCUCUCGCCGGAAGACAGGAAUCUGUUGCUGAAGAAGGUGAACAUAGUGUUCCACAUUGCUGCCACGGUAAGAUUCAACGAGCCUCUGAGCGCGGCUGUUAAUAUGAAUACGAAAGGCACUGCUCGUAUCAUCGAACUAUGCAAGGAACUGAACCACGUAAUCAGCAUCGUCCACGUUAGCACAGCUUACAGCAACGCGAAUCUACCGCAAAUCGAGGAGAAAGUAUACACCACGAGUUUGGAACCUUCUACGGUGAUCAACAUGUGCGACAAACUAGAUGUCGAAUUGAUCAACAUGUUAGAGAAAAAGAUCCUGGAUACUCAUCCGAACACGUACACGUUUACGAAGAAUCUAGCAGAGCAAAUUGUAGCUAGCGACAGCAAAGGUUUGCCAGUUGCGAUAGUACGACCAAGUAUAAUCGGUGCCUCGCUGGAAGAACCGUGUCCUGGCUGGCUAGAGAAUAUCUUUGGAGUUACAAAUAUCUUUCUGCAAAUCAGCAAAGGUUCUGCGAAAGCUAUUUGGGGCAGGAAGGACGCGAGAUUGGAUUUAGUGCCUGUGGAUUUCGUAGUCGACACGAUAAUGUGCGCCGCGUGGCACGUCACGCUACAUCAUCGCGAUAAUGAAGUUAAGGUUUACAACUGCACGAGUAACGCGUACCCUUUUAAAUGGGGUCAGAUGAAAGAUGCCAUGGUGAAAUGUAGCAUAGAAACGCCGCUGAACGGUACGCUAUGGUACCCGGGUUGUCCGAUGGUAGCUAACAGAUAUAUUUACAACGCCCUCAACCUAAUCCUGCACGUUCUGCCCGCGUUCGUCAUAGACAUCUUUUUAAGAUUUCGCGGUAAUAAGCCAAUAAUGAUGAAAAUUGUCAAAUAUUGCUAUCAACUUGUAACAGUGACAGCGUAUUUUACCAUGCACGAAUGGACCUUCCAAAGGGAUAACAUUACCGACAUGGUAAAGAAAGUGAAAACGUUAAAAGACGGCAAUGUCGUGAAACUAGACUUGCAAGAUAUGAAUUGGGAGAAAUAUAUCGCGACAUAUAUGAUGGGAAUUAAGAAAUUCAUUCUGAAAGAAGAUCUUGAAUCUAUGGAUGCUGCCAGACAACGAUUAUCAAAGUUGUACUGGAUACAUCAGACAACUCAAAUAUCCGCUAUAAGCUUUUUACUAUGGAUAAUAUUACGCGUUACGUACUGAUCAUUCGAACGUUAUUCCUUCUACUUAAAUGAAAAAAGAAGUAGAUAAGAUUUUAUGAAAAAAGGAAUCAUUAUCCGUUUCAUUUAUAAUCAGGUCACUUCAUUUAUAGUAUUGCUUGUUUUGUCUAUAAAAUUUUAAUAAGGAUAUAUGUAUUUAUACGCAUACGCUUUGAAAUUUAUAAACAAUUCAUACAUAACAAUUUCUAUACUUAAUGCUGUUUGUUGUACAAUAUUUGCGAAUUCUUGUGUGUUAUCUUUGUAUACGCGUAUCUUCGAAGAUCCUUCCAUUAAAUUAAAACAAAAAAUAAAAUGUGCUGAAAUAUUUAA